CCCAUGUCUCCUGUCUUAGAAUAUCCAUGCUAUGUGAGGUCUCCGUCAUUUGUUUUAUUUUCCAGGCACCUCGUCACAGUUCGUUCAGCCCAACUGAUCCCCCGGAACCGUCCGCAGAGCGCUGAAUUCGGCAAGGAUAAAAUCAGCGGUGACCCCCAACAGGUAACAGACCCAGAAUUCCUGUACGCAGAACCACCGAGACCCCACACCUCCUGCUCCCUGCACAGAAAGACAUCCCGCAGCCAGAACCUGGGCACCGUUUUCCCCUAUGGUGACCCGGUACAGGUCCAGUACAAAAAUAGUGAGUUUGACUUGAUGGGAAUUGACGGCGUCAUGUACAAGGGCCGGAUUGAUGCCUAUUUCUCCAAUAACGUUCCAGAGAGGGAAGCAGCAGUGAAAACGCCUCAGCCACCGUAUAGGGCAUCAAUAGAGAGAGCCCGUUCUGCUGCUCCGCACAUCAGAAGUCAAAGUGCCUCCAACACACGGACACCAAAUCACUCUGCACGGACCACCCGCACCGCCAUACAAGUGCCAUCAACCCCAGACACCUCACCACCAAUAUUCCAUGUGCCAUCUGCUGCAGAGACCACUGACUUUUUCCAGCGCCCACUUACCAGUGAUGAGCAGCGGGGUGACCCUUAA